GCUAGUUCUUUCCAAACUUAAAGACAAGAAAAGGUGAUGAAAAAAGUCUUUGUGGUGAAUCCCAAGUCUAGGAUAUCCCCAAGGCAUUGUGGUUAGUACAAACCCAAGAAAAGCAUUUAAUUCUGUAGAUAGAAUCCAGCCUUUUCAGUAAGUGAAUACACGCCUAUUAAAAACUCAUCUUUUUUAAAAACCCAACAAUUCCAGGUAGACAUUUUGAUAGAUUUGGGCAGAUAAACUCUCUCGAGUCCUUCUGCACACAGCGGGGUUGGUCUCUGGGCCCCAGGACCACAUAGGCACUGAGGAAGAGCAGUGAACAGUGUGGACAGGACAGUAAAAAUGGGGAGAAAAGGUUGUGGGGUUUUUUUUCCUAACAACCCUCCUUCUGAAUCGAAUCAGCCAUCAAAACUCAGAAUGGGAAUUUUAAAACCCCUCGCCUCCUUCUUUCUUUCCGCUUCCUUCCAGAACCCCUCACACUCUCCGGGAAGUAGAACGAGGUGAAGCCACCAGGGACUCUUCACACCGCACCUCCUCAGGACACAGCCCAACAGCAGGGCCAGCCGGCGGGCCCGAAGCGGCACCGAGCAGCCGCCAGACGUGUGCUCGGAGACGUUUCCCUACCCUCAGCCUACAAGGAGGGACACGAAGAAGAGCACGAAGAGAAGGAGGGUCGGUUUCACCCCGAGGGGCUGCGGCCUUCAGCGGUGAGGUGACGUGAGGGCCAUGCCGCCCUCAUGCCGCGCUGACAGUAGCCUCGCGGUGCAUAGGACGUGGUGGGCAUCCUCUUCCUGGUGGCGGUGGCGGUCGCGCUGGAUUUCAAGUACCACCACGCUGAGGAGCUGGAGGCGUACCUGAAGAGGGUUCAUGCCACCUACCCCUCCCUCACCCACCUGCGCAGCAUCGGGCGCUCGGUGGAAGACUGUUGGGAGAGAAAUCCUGCUCCAUUUGAUAGACUUCCUGGUGACCAGCUAUAGGCGGGACCCAGUUAUUACCCGCUUACUCAAUAAUACCCGGAUUCAUAUAAUGCCAACAAUGAAUCCUGAUGGAUUUGAAGCUACAAAAGUGCCUGACUGUUAUUACACGCGAGGAAGGUACAAUAAGAACGGAGAAGAUCUGAACAGAAAUUUUCCUGAUGCCUUUGAACGUAACAAUGCCAGCAUUCAGCCAGAGACACAAGCAGUCAUGAACUGGAUAAAAAAUGAGACAUUUGUUCUUUCAGCAAACUUGCACGGGGGUGCCCUGGUUGCCAGCUACACCUUUGAUAAUGGCAACUCAGCUACAGGCUCUUUGGAAGGCUAUAGCAAGUCUCCAGAUGAUGAUGUCUUUAUCCAUUUGGCAAAAACCUAUUCUUUCAAUCAUGCCAGCAUGUACAAAGGGACUGGGUGUGACAACAGACAAACCUUUCCAGACGGCAUUACCAACGGGUAUUCCUGGUACCAGCUGGAAGGUGGAAUGCAAGAUUACAACUACGUCUGGGGACAGUGCUUUGAAAUCACAUUGGAGCUGUCAUGCUGUAAAUAUCCUCCAGCAGACCAGCUGGAAAAGUUCUGGAGAGACAACAAAGCUGCUCUGAUUGAAUAUAUAAAGCAAGUACAUCUAGGCAUCAAGGGUCAAGUUACUGAUAAGAACGGGAAUCCUAUUCCCAAUGCCAUUGUGGAAGCUCAAGGAAGGCCUCAUGUCUGCCCCUACAGAACAAAUGAACAAGGGGAAUACUUUCUUCUCCUUCUGCCUGGGACGUAUGUGAUCAAUGCUACUGUACCGGGAUUUAAAUCCAUCCUGAAGACAGUGGAAAUACAUGACAACACUGGUAACUUCAGUGCUCUGAAGCACGACUUCACUUUCCCAGAAGUCUCUAUCAGGUCAAGUGCUGCUUUUUGUCCCAAAACUCCCCUCUACCAGGAGCUCCAAUGGGCUUCAGCUGCAGUAAAACCAACUCUCCAUGUCAUCUUGGUUUUAAUGGCCUUUCUGCUUGUAAUCUUCCAAUAGCUGGGAAUGACAUGAGGUGGCAAGGCAACAUCUUCCUGCACAAAUGCGGUUGAAAUUCAGACAUGGAGUUGUAUAUGCAAAAGAAUGUAUGUUUUUAUGAACCAAACUCUCAGAUUUACAGGCAUGUUUUUUGCAUUUUGUAAAAUACUGGCUCGACAAUCAAAUGUUUUACUUUAAUUACAAUAGACUGUCAUAUUUUCUACAUAUUUUACUCUAAAGACACCCUGUACAGCCUAUGGAGAUAACUGUAGAAUUGUGAUGCACAAAUAACAGUCUGAAGAAUUUGCCCAAGUUUAAAAGAAGUCACGGAUUGUCUACAACUGUUUCACACAGGCUCAGGUUCCUGUGUGAGCCGGCAGCUGGUGUGUCACCCAACGGAACUGA